AUGCCUCCUCACGCCACCGCGAUCACGCUGGCCGCGCCACACGCUGCGGCCCUCGUGCUCCUCCCAAUAUACCCUUUUCGCUGCCCGAUCUACCUUUACCGGCCCCCGAUCUCCCUUCCCGCCGCCCCUUUGACCUUCCCGCCGCCCCAUUCCCAUUCCCCUUUCCGCCGCCCCUUUGACCUUCCCGCCGCCCAAUUCCCCUUUUUCGCCGCCCAAAGACCCCGUUCCUCCCGCCAUUCUCCCCUUCCCGCCGCCCAUUCUUCCCUUCCCGCCUCUCAUUCAAAUCUUCCUGCCUCCCUUCCCUCCCUUAUCUCCCGUCCCUCCCGUCCCUCCCUUCCCUCCCUUCCCGCCCUUCUCUCCCUUCCCUCCCUUCUCUCCCGUCCCUCCCUUCUCUCACGUCCCUCCCUUCUUUCCCUGCCCUCCCUAAUCUCCCCUCCCUUCCCUCCCUUUUCUCCCUUCCAUCCUUUCUCUCCCUUCCCUCCCUUCUCUCCCUUCCCUCCCUUCUCUCCCUUCCCUCCCUUCUCUCCCUUCCCUCCCUUCUCUCCCUUCCCUCCCUUCCCUCCCUUCCCUCCCUUCUCUCCUUUUUCUUCCUUCAUUCCCUUUUCUCCCUUCCCUCCCUUCCCUCCCUUUUUCCCUUCCCUCCCUUCUCUCCCUUCCCUACCUUCUCUCCCUUGCCUCCCUUCUCUCGCUUUUCUCCCUUGUCUCCCUUCCCUCCCUUCUCUCCCUUUCCUCCCUUCUCUCCCUUCCUUCCCUUCCCUCCCUUCCCUCCCUUCCCUCCUUUUUCUUCCUUCAUUCCCUUUUCUCCCAUCCCUCUCUUUUCUCCCUUCCCUCCCUUCCCUCCCUUUUCCCCUUCCCUCCCUUCUCUCCCUUCCCUACCUUCUCUCCCUUGCCUCCCUUCUCUCGCUUUUCUCCCUUGUCUCCCUUCCCUCCCUUCUCUCCCUUUCCUCCCUUCUCUCCCUUCCUUCCCCUCCAUCCCUACUCUCCCUUCCUUCCCUUCCCUCCCUUCCCUCCCUUCCCUCCCUUCCCUCCUUUUUCUUCCUUCAUUCCCUUUUCUCCCUUCCCUCUCUUUUCUCCCUUCCCUACCUUCCCUCCCUUUUUCCCUUCCCUCCCUUCUCUCCCUUCCCUACCUUCUCUCCCUUGUCUCCCUUCUCUCGCUUUUCUCCCUUGUCUCCCUUCCCUCCCUUCUCUCCCUUUCCUCCCUUCUCUACCUUCCUUCCCUUCCCUCACUUCUCUCCCUUCCCUCCCUUCCCUCCUUUUUCUUCCUUCAUUCCCUUUUCUCCCUUCCCUACCUUAUCUCCCUUUCCUCCCUUCCCUCCCUUUUCUCCCUUCCCUCACUUCUCUCCCUUCCCUCACUUCUCUCCCUUCCCUCAGUUCUCUCCCUUCCCUCCCUUCUCUCCCUUCCCUCCCUUUUCUCCCUCCUUUCUUCUCUUCCGCUUCGUGCAUUCCCAUUGUCCGCUGCCUGCCUCACAAUCUCUCCUCCCAGUCUUACCCUUGUCAUCCUGCCUGUCAUCCCCUCUCCCCUCCCUGCAUACCCCUCUCUUCCUGUACUCCCCUCUCUGCGCCUCUCUUCCUGCCCUACCCUCUCUGCGCCUCUCCCCCUCACUGUGCCCUCUCGCCCCCCUGCUAUACUAUUCCCUCUUGUUACCUUUCCUGCCACCCCUCCAAAGCUGA